CAUCCAGAAAUUCAUUCGUGGAUCAAACCCUCGGAUUUUUUAAUAAAUCCUCCAGAGGAUAAAAAAGCAAGAAAACCCAUUUCCCUUUGACUAACACACACGCGUUAACUUCAGCUCGCAUCGUGUACUGUGCUCUCUCUCUCUCUCUCUCUCUCUCUCUCGAAUGGAUUUUCCUCCUUAGAUUUUUUUUUUUUUAGAUAUACACAUAUAUGCAUUUACAGCAUCACAUUCGAUGAAAAGAGCGACCCAACCCACAAUUUAUUUUCUUCGAAAAUCAAAGAAACAAAGAUAGAGAGAGAGAGAGAGAGAGUGAUGGGCAGUAGGAUUAGAAAGAGAAACAUGAAUUAUAAUUAUUAUUAUUACUAUUGUUGUUGUUUUGAUUUGGGGUUCGUGUGUUGUGUAUUCAUUCCUGUUGGUCUUUUCUCUUUGAAUUCUUACCCGUACGACAACUGCUCUUUUUUAUUUCUUCUUUCUUUCUUUCUUGCCUUUAUCCUCAAAACCAAACUGUUAUUAUUAUUAUCAUCAUUAAUAGUAUCCAAAUUAUUUGUAUUAUUGUUUUUGUUUUUGUUUUCGCUUUUGGUUCUGAUACGGGUAUGGUCUGCUAUGCAGCAGCUCUUCCUUCCUGCACUAUUAAUUAAUAUAUAUAUAUACACAUAUUUAAUAUCGGCAUUCGGUGAAUCUUCACCGCACAUCUUUUUGUCAAACUCGGCUGUUGUGUAUUUGGGUUUGAGUUCCAACGCCCAAUAGAUUAUUAUCUUGAGAAAGACUUUUGCUUUUCGAUUACUCAUGGUGGGUGUGGGCUGCUGCUUCCUGCAAACCCUAAAAUUUGGGGGCUGGCUCUUGGGAUUCUUUGUUUCCUUGUUAAUGGGGUUGGGUUUGGAUUAGUGAUCUGUUUCAACCCUCCGCCAAGCCUUUGUUGAUUGUCGAUUGCUGAUUGACUGAUUGGUUUUAUUUCUUGGGGGGACUUUUGAGUUGCCUGUCCAAUGGAAGUCGACGGAUCUGGCGACGCUGAUGGCGGCGGUGGAGGUGCUGUGGAGAUGGAGAAGAAGAACGUUGCGGAAGGAGAACCCAAGGUCAAGCGCAGAAUGAAGACUCCUUCACAGUUGGAGCUUCUGGAGAAAACUUAUGCUGUGGAAACGUAUCCUUCCGAGUCAUUGCGAGCGGAGCUUUCUGUCAAGUUAGGGCUCUCUGAUCGGCAGCUGCAAAUGUGGUUUUGCCACCGGAGAUUGAAAGACCGGAAGGCACCGCCAGAGAAGAAGCCAAAGAAGAGUGUUUCACCAUGUGCUGUGGAAGGGACCUCUUCCGGAAAUGCAAAUCAAACAGUAGUUGAUAAUAAUGCCGCGGCAGCACCAAAGGAUCGAGGUGGUUUAGGUUUGUUUGGGAGUGUGGAUAUCCAGCCGCAGCAGCCUCCGCCCCCACCGCCGCCGCCAAGAGUAGCUCAUAAAGUUGGGACUGCUGUGCCGAGGAUAUCGACGGAAUCACCGGCCAUCAGGAGGUUCUAUGAGCCGCCUCUUGCUAUAUCCGAGCAAAGGGCAAUUACUUUUGUUGAAGCCCAGUUGGGAGAGUCAUUGAGGGAGGAUGGGCCGAUUCUAGGAAUGGAGUUUGAUCCUUUGCCACCCGGUGCAUUUGGGGCACCAAUCGUUCCCUCAAACCAACAGAAUGCAGUUGGGCGUUCCUAUGAGGGCCAAUCAUAUGAGAGGUCUGAUAGUAAGUCGAGCACGGGUGGUUCAAAGGCUCUCCACGAAUAUCAAUUUCUCCCAGAGAAGCCAUCUGUAAGAAAUGAUGCCUACGGAAAGGCCGUACCACCUCAUUAUUAUGGUUCACAAAUUGAUAUCCAUAAUACUCGAGUUUCGUUGCCAACCGGAAGAUCUGUAACGCAGAGCAAUGAACCAGUACCCUCUGGAUAUAGUGUCCAUAGUCAGAUGCCGAGCGUAAGUCUUUUGACACAGCAUGGAAGGCAAAGUCACCGAUCGUCCCCAGCUCAUGGAGAGGUUGAGUUUAUUCCAGGAGCAACACCCUUGGCAAGUGUCGGCAUUGAGACUCAUUAUAACGCUCACUUGGUGAAUGGAAUGAACAAUCUGUCUGUUACAAAAGAGCGACGAACUGUUAACGAUCAAGAGAGGCUAGAAAAGAAGCGCAAGUCUGAAGAGGCUAGAAUAGCCAAGGAAGUGGAAGCUCACGAGAAAAGGAUCAGGAAAGAGCUGGAAAAACAAGAUAUGCUGAGAAGAAAGAGAGAAGAACAGCUGAGAAAGGAAAUGGAGAGGCAAGAUCGUGAAAGGCGGAGGGAAGAGGAAAGAAUAUUACGUGAAAAGCAACGUGAGGAGGAAAGAUACCAAAGGGAGCAAAGACGUGAAAUGGAACGAAGAGAGAAAUUCCUUCAGAAGGAGUAUAUUAAAGCAGAGAAGAUGAGGCUUAAAGAAGAACUGCGCAAGGAGAAGGUAGCUGCAAGGCUUAAAGCAGCUAAUGAAAGGGCAGUUGCUCGAAGAAUUGCUAAGGAAUCAAUGGAAUUGAUAGAUGAUGAGCGAUUGGAGCUUAUGGAGAUUGCAGCUUUAACUAAGGGUUUAUCAUCAGUUUCAGCACUUGACAGUGAUGCUUUACAGAAUCUUGACUCGUUUAAAGAUAAACUUCCAGAGUUUCCACAAAAGUCUGUGAACUUGAAGAGUCCAUUUGGUGUAGAGCCAUGGAAUAAUUCGGAGGAGAAUGUCGGUAAUCUUCUUAUGGUUUGGAGAUUUUUAAUUACCUUUUCCGAUGUUCUUGAUCUGUGGCCUUUCACUCUGGAUGAGUUCACUCAAGCAUUGCAUGAUUGUGAUCCAAGGUUGCUUGGAGAGAUCCAUAUAGCUCUUCUGAGAUCCAUCUUAAAAGACAUUGAAGAUGUUGCUAGAACACCAAAUACUGCAUUGGCAGCAAAUCAAAACUUGGUAGCUUUACCUGGGGGUGGCCAUCUACAAAUUGUUGCAGGGGCACAUGCUUGGGGAUUUGACUUGGCUAGUUGGAAGAGCCACCUCACUCCUUUAACUUGGCCUGAAGUUUUGCGGCAGAUUUCUCUAGCUGCAGGUUUUGGGCCAAAAUUGAAGAAGCCGAAUGAUGGGAAACCAUAUCUUCACGAUGAUCAUGAGGCACGGAGUGAUGAUGGUAAAGACGCUGUAUCCAGAUUGAGAAGUGGAGCAGCAGCAGAGAAUGCAGUUGUUAUAAUGCAAGAAAGGGGUUUAUCAAAUCCCCGGAGAUCCCGGCAUCGUUUGACCCCUGGAACAGUCAAGUAUGCAGCAUUUCAUGUUCUUUCGUUGGAGGGAAGUAGGGGACUUUCGAUUUUAGAUGUUGCUCACAAGAUUCAGAAAUCUGGACUUCGGGAUCUCACUACAAGUAAGACGCCAGAAGCAUCCAUUUCUGCUGCUUUGUCAAGGGAUACAAAGCUCUUCGAGAGAACAGCUCCAUCAACAUAUUGUGUACGCUCUCCUUACAGGAAGGACUCAGGUGAUGCUGAUGCAGUACUCUCUUCCGCCAGGGAAAAGAUUCGAAUAUAUCAAAAUGCAAAUUUAGAUGGGGAAACAGAAGAUGCUGAAAAGGAGGACGCUGAAAGAGAUCAAGACUCUGAAAGUGAUACUGCUGACGAUCCUGAUGUUGAUGACUUGGAUGCUAUUGCAAAACUUAACGAAGAUACUCAUUCUAGUGAGCAGAGAAUCGAAGAUCAAAACUUCUCCAUGCAUGGAAAGGAUAACUCCUGCAAUGAGUUUAUAGAAAACCCGGUGGAUAACCCUGAAACCCCAAAUAACAUUUUGAAGCAGUCCGUAGGUCACAUAACCCCUGAUGUUGAUGACAUGGAUGUUAUCACAAAAAAUAAGGAAGAUUCUCAUUCUAGUGAAGGAAGAACUGAAAAUCAAAGUUGCUCGGCAUAUGGAAAGGUGAAUUCCUACAAUGAGGUAGUUGAAACUCCAAGUAUCAGUUUUAAGCCUUCUGUAAGUAACAUGGAAUGUAAUGGAACUUCUGGCGAUCCAUAUGAGGGAAAUACAGGGAUCGAUACCCGGAUUGGUUUUACUGAUCAAGAAGAUAAUGUAAUAAAUGAAUGUGGAUUGGGAGAACCAUGGGUUCAGGGACUUACUGAAGGAGAGUAUCCUGAUCUUAGCAUUGAAGAGCGGCUAAAUAUUCUUGUUGCGUUGAUCAGUAUCGUGAAUGAAGGAAAUAGCAUGCGCGUGGUUUUAGAGGAACGCCUAGAAGCUGCAAAUGCGUUAAAGAAGCAAAUGUGGGCAGAGGCAAAGCUCGACAAGAGGCGUAUAAAAGAGGAGAAUGCUUUGAAAUUGCAUCAUUCAUCUGCUGCAUUUGAUCGAACUGAACACCCGUCCUUUGGCACCUUCGAGGACAAGCAAAAUACACUUAAUUGUGACAUAAAAAAUUCUUUAUCAUCAUCGAGUCAUGCACUCCAGAUGGUGGACUUAAAUGAGCAACAGAAUGAGCAAAGCUGCUGUAAUGACGGCAGUGAGAAGACUCGUCUAGUGCAGGAAUUUUCUGUGGGAUCUGAUAACUUGUUAGUCCAGCAAUCUGCAUAUAAUUCUGAAAAGUCACGGUCAGUGCUGAAGGCUUUGAUUGGUCACCAGGCAGAGGAGAUGUGUGUGUACAGGUCAUUGCCUCUUGGGCUUGAUCGCAGACGAAAUCGAUAUUGGCAAUUCAUUACAUCUCCAUCGCGAAAUGAUCCAGGUACCGGCAGAAUAUUUGUUGAACUGUGCAAUGGUGGUUGGAGGCUUAUUGAUUCUGAAGAGGAUUUUGACACUCUAACGUCUUCUUUGGAUAUCCGUGGAGUUAGAGAGUAUCAUUUACAUUUGAUGUUGCAAAGGAUAGAGGUAUCUUUCAAAGAAGCUGCUAGAAAAAACUCGUACAAACUUCGUGAACAGCUACAUGACGAUCAAAAGGAUAAGGGAUUUCUGCCACUGAGACCCAAGCCUGAAAAGCAGCUCGGCAAUGACACACAGAAGCCAUAUAUGACUUCACCAGAUAUUACGGCAUCGUAUUCCUUUGUGGUCAAUGUCAGAGGGGAAAAUGAGCACGUCAAUAGGUACAAAGAUGCCGAGAGGUGGAUGUGGGAUGAAUGCUUUGAUUCCAAUAGAUUGAAUGCCGUAAAAUCGGGUAGAUUGAGAUGCCAAUUGCUGUUGGAAAUUUGCAAUUGGUGUCGCGACCUGUUUACUUGUGACGACAGCCACUGUCCAUUUUGUCAUAGGACUUAUAGUACUUCUGAUGGAAGUUUUGACUUUUCACAACAUGUUUCUCGAUGCAAUGGGAAACUGAGCGAAGAGCCCGAUCAAAUCACAAUGAACCUUUCUCUUUCCCCGAGGUUUAGAUUGCUGAAAGCUCAAUUGGCCAUGGUUGAGGCCUCCAUUCCUUACGAAGCUUUCGAAUGUGUUUGGUCCGACGAGUGCAGAAGAUCUUGGGGCAUGGAGUUGCAUAGGGCAUCAACAGCUGAAGAGCUCCUUCGGAUUUUGACGAUGUUGGAAAACAGCGUCAAAAGGGACUUCAUAUCAGACAAUUACGAGACCACUGCUGAAAUGUUAGGUUUCACUAAAGAUGUCGUGAUUCCAUGGAUACCUACGACCACAUCAGCUGUGGCUCUCCGGCUCAUGGAGCUUGAUUCGUCUAUCUAUUACACACUUCGUCAAAAAGACACUCGACAAGAUGCCAAUGAAGCUGGAAAAUCUUCUAGGCUUCGACCAAGUCAUGAUGCGAUUGGCGGUGUGACAGAUAACACGCCCCAAGGUGAUUGGGUUGAUUUAUUAUCUGUGCAAGCCAAUGUGAAACGAGGGCGAGGACGUCCAAGAGGUCCCACUCGCGCUCGUGGAGGAAAAUCAGCGAGAAAAUCCAUCAAUUCCUACGACGAAUCAGCUCAUGGAACUACGUCGAGCAAUAAAUUUGGAGAGCUUCCGGGGUGGAAAGGUCGACCACGUGGGCAAGGUGGUCGUAGGAAAGGUCGCCGUUCAAUUAGAUCACGGCAGAAGCCCGCCGAGGGAAGGGCAGGUAAGAAUAUUGCGGCACAAAGUGGCGCAAAGGGCUCUAGUUUUGAUAAUGCACCGGACAUCGGGCAAGAGGAAUGGAAUAUGGACGAAACACCUGCAGAAGUGGCAGAGGCUAAAAAUGGGAGCAGUUCUGAAAGAUCAGAAUUUUAUGAGGACAACAGUCAAGCAUCGGGAGAUGAAUACGAUGACCUCUCGAUGGAUUAUUGUGGCGAGAGGAAUGAAAAGUUCGCACACUUAGCUGGUGGAUCGGAUAAUUAUAAAGCCGGGACUGAUGUAGAUGACAAUGAUGAAGCUGAAGGUGAUGGCGAGGAGGAGGAACGGGAACAGGAACAAGAGGGUGAUUUCUACGUCGAUGGAUUCAUCACCGACAGGGAUUUCGAGGAAGGAAAUCAGUUGAGCGGGGGAGGGCAAGUUAGGAAUGUAAAUAGGGUCUCGGAUGCAGGUAGUUUAAGAUCAUUGUCGUCUUCGUCAUCGUCUGAUUACAGUUAUUAACCAACUUCUGACCUAAACAUCAUCAAUAUGUACAUGACUGAGAGACUGCACAAGGCAAGGCUAAUGUAUACACCUACUUCUACAAUAUUUAGGAUGAUGAAUCCAAUGGAGUCUUCUUUUUUGGUUA